CUUUUACAGUAACAGUGCACUGCUGCAUGGAGCUGCUGGGGUAAUGGAGGAAUAAAACGGGGGAAACAUGGCGCAGGCCUGUCAGAGACGUGAUAAACCCAACAGGCUGAGGGAAGAGCUGAGCUGCAUGCUGGUCGGUGAUGGAGCUGUGGGGAAGACCAGCAUGAUCAUCAGCUACAUCUUCAAUGGAUACCACAGCGAGUACAGGCAAACGGCUUUUGAUGUUUUUACUGGUUUGGUUCAUGUGAACGGCAUCCCAACUCGUAUCAAACUGAUAGAUACAGCAGGACAGGAGGAGUUUGGACAUCUACGUUCUUUGUGCUACGCCCAUGUGGACGUCUUCAUCCUUUGCUUCAGCCUGGUCAACCCCGUCUCCUUCGAAAACAUCACCUCCAAAUGGAUCCCGCAGAUCCGUGCUGGCAACCCAACCUCUCCCAUAGUCCUGGUUGGAACUCAAUCCGACCUCAGCCACAAUGUGGACGUCCUUAUUCAUCUGCACCAGCGGAGCACCAAACCAGUGCACUUCAGCCGGGCCAGAAGGCUGGCACGAAGGAUCAGAGCUCACGACUACAUUGAGUGUUCAGCUCUGACACAACACAACCUCAAACAUGUGUUUGACUGUGCUGUAUCUGCCGCCAUUCAGCACAAGCACACUGGGACUAUACCUAAAAAGCUCAGCCUGGUUAAACGUUUAAAGCUUUUUUGUGUUUGGAGGAAAAUCUUUGGAUACAUCUGAAUCAAAGAGUGAAUUGAAUGUACUUAGUGUCUUUUCUAUUAUGACAACUAUGCAUUUUUACUAUGAUAUUUCUCUGCAAAAAGUAGAUUGUGCACUAAAAAAAAGGACUUAUGCCCUGCAUUGACACCCAUGCUUCAGUUCCUGCAAGAAAUGUGAUAAUCAGUGUGUUAUUUUCCCCUCGACUCUUGUGUUUUGUUGUUGUUCAUAUUUUUGUGUGAGUAUGUGAGUCUUGUAAUAAAUGCACCACAGUGUGA